AUGAAGUUCCUGCCAGUUCGCGACUUCGAUGUCGUAGCUGCAGCGCUCAAUUUCGACACACCGGAUUGCCAUGUCACAGGCGGCUGCGACCUCUACACGACGAAAGCCGCCGGCUCCGACAAGAAGCUAUAUAAGAACAUCGACAAAUCGCUCGAGUCUCAACAUGCGGCGAUGCUCAAGUUCGGCGCGAGCUUAUCCCCUCCACAGCGCGAAUCAAUGGCUGCAAGCCUCAACCUCUCGCGUUCAAGUCCAUUCGGACCACUAUCCGAGAUCUCAAGUCGACGAACUUUUGCAUAUCUGAUUGCGACUCUAAACGCGUCACAUCCGGACUACGACUUCUCGCAUGUUCUCCGGCCGACCGACUUCAAGCGAGAACGCAAUCUGCGUAAAGUCAUGGUAGACAUCGACAGCACAUUAAGCAGUGCCCGGCCGCACUCCUCCUCUUUCGAACCACCCGUCGCGCGAAGUUUUGGCUCUACCACCAGUCCCGAGACCGCCGUCUGGGGGCCUCAAAUAUGGGCUCUUAUCGACAAGGAGAUGACGCUUAAGGACUGCGGCAUAUUCUCUUAUCAGCCAGCGGACGACCCCUUUGAUGGUGAAGAGAGCGCAAUAUGGUCGCUUCACUAUUUCUUCUUCAACAAGGACAAGAAGCGUGUGGCGUACAUCUACGUCCGCGGUGUACCCGUUAUGUCUCAUUCACCCACGCUCCGACCGCACCCCAAUCCACAAUUGAAACGUGGCAAUCUCGGUAUAGAUGCUGGCGCCAACAAGCGCGCGAAAUUCUGGCUUGGCGAUGUCUACGCAGAACGUAUCGUCUCUAGCGACGACGAGGACGACUACGUAGACGACGGCUUGGUGUGGAAUCGCGAUGCCGAUGGUGAGCUAGAGGAGUUCGCAGGCGACUAUGGUGAUUAUGAGGACGACGAGAUGGAUGAGGAUGACGAUAGCGAACAACACAAGGGCUCAGUUCGAGGCGUGUCUGAGGACAUUGCGUCGCGUAUGGAGCUCGAGUAA